AUGCUUCAUCAAAUUGCAUGGCUCUCAAAUCAAUGCCGAAACAAGUCAUUCUGUGAGUUAACGGUGCCGAAAACUCUGAUCGACGAGAGGGAAGCUACUAAGACAAUUGCCAAAGAAGAGGAUGUAGCUGAGGCUGGAGUGAAUGAAAAUGCUGUCCAUAAUAAGAGUGAUUACGAAGAGGAUGACGAGAAUUCGGCUAACGCAGAAUCAUCAAAACAAAAUGACAGCUCGUUGUUGAAACAUGAAGAAGCGUCGAGUUCAAUUCAUCAGCCAGAUUGGGAAAAGUAUCAUGUAAAAUACCCUCCUUUUGUGGAGACGGGCCUUGCGAGACAAUUGACAGAACUGGCCUGUCUGCCUGAAAGUGAGAUUUAA